CAGAUUUGUGCGGUAAAUAUCAUUAAAAUAUGGUUGAACAGCCUCUCAUAGUCAGAUAUAUUGAAACAGAAUUAAAAGACCCACUUGGUCUUAAAUAUCACCGUUGCAAUGUGCGCGCAAAGACGAUAUUGUCAGCGGAAAGCUGUAAUGGCAAUGACAGACAGUGGGGUAGACGGGGCAUGUUGAAAUGAUAAGAUUCAGGAAUGAGUGACACUGACAGAAUGGGGAAAAUACUCUAAAUACGAACAAUGCAGAAGACUCCUGAGAUGCACGAGGAGCGCACCGACUACGCGUCUGGAAGUCUGCCGUUAAGUGAUUACAACACGAGCUUCACGGCGAACAGGACUAAUAUCUCGUGGAGUGACUUUCAGGAUCUCGCCGAUUUGGAUAAACCCGAUUUUAUGGGAGACGGAUCCGCGGUCCUGAGAAUCAUCAUUUCUGUCAUAUACUCGGUUGUGUGCGCGCUGGGUUUAAUCGGUAACAUCCUCGUCCUUUAUCUCAUGAAGUCCAAACAAGCAUGGAAGAAGUCUUCUAUCAACUUUUUCGUGACCAGUUUGGCGGUCACAGACUUUCAGUUUGUGUUGACGCUUCCCUUUUGGGCUGUGGAGAACGCCAUGGAUUUCACUUGGCUGUUUGGGAAGGCGAUGUGUAAGAUAGUUUCUUAUGUCACGGCUACGAACAUGUACGCCAGCGUGUUUUUCCUCACUGCUAUGAGCGUCGCGAGAUACUGCCUCGUGGCUUCGGCGUUAAAAAGUAGGAGACGCCGGUUGCGUUUUCCCGCGCAGUGGAUGACUGUAGUCAUUUGGAUUGCAGCGGUCGGUGCCGCUCUGCCGAACGCGAUAUUUUCCACGACCGCCACGGUAUCCAACGAAGAACUGUGCCUGGUGAAAUUUCCCGACCGGAGUGGGGAUGCGCAAUUUUGGCUGGGUUUAUAUCACGCGCAAAAAGUACUUCUGGGGUUCCUCAUUCCGCUCGGAAUAAUCACGGUCUGUUACCUGCUUCUCCUGCGCUUCAUAACGAACAAAAACGUAAACACCACCAGCGCUAAGAGGCGAUCUAAAGUGACUAAAUCUGUGACUAUCGUCGUUUUGUCUUUUUUCCUGUGCUGGCUGCCGAACCAGGCGUUAACAGCGUGGGGAAUCUUAAUAAAACUCAAUGUAGUGCACUUCAGUUACGAGUAUUACACCACGCAAGUGUACAUUUUUCCAGUCACAGUGUGUUUGGCACAUUCAAACAGUUGUCUCAAUCCCAUUCUGUAUUGUUUGAUGAGAAGGGAAUUCAGAAAAGCGUUGAAAAAGCUGUUUUGGCAAAUCACUUCGCCUUCUGUGACGAACAUGAGACCGUUUACGGCCUCAACGAAGCCCGAGCAAGAUGAACACGGUCCCGCGCUGGUUCCGAUCAGUCCCGCUGAGCCCGCGCUUAUUUUUUAUCCUCCAGGGGCUGUCAUGUAUAAUGGCAGAAACGACCUUCUGCCUAACAGCACAUAAAGAGUUGUUGAUGAUAAUGAGACAUUUUUCAGACUCAUACAAACUGGCUAAUAAUUCAUUUUUUCUCUCAGCCAACAGAAACAAUCAAAGAAACCAAUGCGCUGAGUGAAAGAGUUCCAGUCUGGAACACCUUUUGGAAUUGGAAGGGAGCCUCCCCAUUCAAAAC